UUCCCCGAAGUCCCCGGUGGGCGGUAGAGUCUGCAAAUGAUGAAGGUGCUCGAUUGAAGAUUACUAUUCGAUCGAAGAUCUUUCCAGGCUAACAGGUCUUAAUAUUAUAAAAAUUAUAAAUUAAUCAAUAUGAGUAAGACACCAGUUUCAAUACUUCAAGAAAUGAUGGUGAAAAAACAAAUGGUACCGAAUUACGAAUUAAUACAUGAUGGCGGUGGUACACAUGUAAAUACUUUCACCUAUCUUGUCAUAUGUGAAGGGCUUAGUGCAACAGGUACUGGACGUAGUAAAAAAGACGCAAAACAUGAGGCUGCUAAAGCUAUGCUUGAAAAAAUAGCAGCUCAUAGAGCUUAUCCCCAAUUGCCAGCUUCACCUGCACAGUCUCCUAUAAAAACAUGUUUACCAACCGUUAUACCAGCUUCUCCAAGAAUUCCACCAAACGAACCUUUUGUAAAUGCAAUAGGUGCUUUACAGACAUUGUGUGCAGAAAAUAAUUUGCAAGAACCAGAGUACAUAGCUAUUAAUGAUGAAGGUCCACCACAUGCAAGAAUCUUUACUUAUCAAUGUGUUCUUUCAACAUUUAAAGAGGAAGGAGUAGCAACUACAAAGAAACAAGCGAAACAUGAAGCAGCUAAAAAAAUGCUAAAUCGUAUAAAAGAACUUGUUUCUGUUAAUUGUCCAGAUCUUUUAGGUGAUGAACAAGAUCAACAGAAAAUAAAUGAAAUGAUAAGUAACUCGAUCGCCGAAGCACGCUAUCCUCAGUUAAAUAAAAGUACAUCUAAGAAAGUGAAUUUAGGACUUAAAGUUUCUAAUUAUCAUACAAAAUUAAAAACUACUUUCAUAACAAUACACCAAGAGCUUACAGCAAAGUUAGAAGCUAUAAAACCUAAUACAUGUGAUUAUGAUAUGGUAGAUACUCUUUUAGGUAAACUGCAGGAUAUUUUAACACCAUUAGCUUUACAAGUUAGUGUAACACCAUUAGAGGCUAUAAGUCCAGAUAUCUUUAUAGUCAGUAUGGCAGUUGAUUCUUCUCCACGUAUUGUACAAUGUAGUUCAGGAGCAACUAAAAAGGAAGCUGAAUAUAAAGCACUUAUUAGUUUAAUAGAUUCGCUUAUAUUGCUUUUAAAGUAAUAUAUUAUGGAUGUUUAAAGUAAUAUAUAUGUGUGUACGUUUUAUGUAUUACUGGAACAUAUUCAUAACAAACUAAAAUUUAUCAAUUUUACUUGUCAAAGGCUGUAUAAAAAAUGGAAAAAACAAAGUAGUGAACGUAGUUAACAUAUAUUGAUGUUCUUAAGAUAAAACUUAAUAUAUGGCUGUGUUACAAUUUGUAAAAAACAGUUACAAAGGGCACAGUAAUAAUUUAUGAAAAUAAUCAUUGUUUUACUGAAUUUUACAAAAUGUUAUUGUAAUAUUUCA